UCAUGGAUUGAAAUUUAGGUUAACAGUCAAAAAAAAAUUAACUGAUACAGUGGUAACCUUUUUUCUUUUCUUUUUUUUUUAUGAAAAUACAUCAAAUGUGAAGAGCAAACAGGAAAUUCUGGGAAUGUAAAUGUAAAUGUUUUCACUGUAAAUUUUAAGAUCACAGUAUUUUAUUGUAAACCUACAUGAAAUGUCCUAGAUAGGUCCUGCUGGUGAACUCAAAACACCUGCCGGGAAGUUUCUAGUAAUCCUGAAGACCUUGAUUAGCUGGUUCAGGUGUGUUUAACUAGGAUUAGAGCUGUGGUCCUCCAGAAACUGAAUUUGACACCCCAAGGGAACUUAACCGCCAGUACUUUCGAAAGGACAACAAAAUGCAGAAAACGGCAUAUUUCCAAGCAAUGUGCCAAUGGAAGUAAUCGAGAGGAAGAUGAUGGAAGAUCCGCCGAAUUUCCGGUCGAAUUCCUCCAGCUUGCACUGGACCGUUAUUAACAGCAACGAAACGAACUCUACCUCCUCGGACAUUUACGUCAUAAGCCUCCUCCUCUCCUGCAUCUACACCAUCCUGCUCUUCCCGCUCGGCCUCAUGGGUAACAUCCUGAUCCUGCUGGUGAACUUUGACCCCCGGCAGCGGAUGAGCACGCCGGACCUGUACUUUACUAAUUUGGCCCUGGCCGACCUAGUGUUGGUUCUGGACUCACUUAUUGAAGUGUUCAACCUGAGCACGCACUAUUACGACGAUGCGGUCUUGUGCUCAUGCAUGGCGAUCUUCCUCCAGGUCAACAUGUACAGCAGCGUGUUUUCCCUCACAUGGAUGAGUUUGGACCGCUGCCUUGUGCUGACCGGCCUAAGAACGCGAGCGCUACCUGAAAAUGCCUCCAUUUCGCAUCGUUCGCGUGUUGCACUCAGGGCUUGUGUGACCAUAUGGGCAGCGGCCACCUUGUGCACUCUGAUUCCAUUCGCUACUGUGCAUGUGCAUCACGGAUGGGGGCGUGGCUUCUGUUUUGCAGGCGUGGCUGAGGUGCAAUGGCUGGAAGUGACGCUGGGAUUCGCGUUGCCGUUUUGCGUGAUGGGCUUCUGCUACACUUUAAUCGCACGUGUGCUUUUGCGCUCUGAACGGCCACAGCGAACCAAAGCCCUGCGCAUGAUCGUUGCCGCCGUGAGCGUGUUUUUUGUGUGCUGGCUGCCAGAGAACAUCUUUAUUAGCGUGCAUCUUUUAAACGGGGACACGGAUGCCUCACGGCGACGUGGAAACCAUAAUCUGUGGCAGCGCUAUCCACUUACCGGACACAUUGUGACAUUAGCGGCCUGCGCCAACAGCUGCCUGAACCCACUCGUCUACAGCCUGCUGGGAAACACCUUUAGACGGAAACUGCAGGUGUUUGUCGCGCACCACGUGCCAUGUCUGCAUAAGCAUAACACAAGAGCAACACCUCCCUGUCCAUGUGUAACAUGCACAAAUGCGCACCAUUCGUGCUCGCACGAGAAUAAGGAAGAGGAAGAACAUGACCUAAGAAGCGGCGAGGAGGGUCAAGAGUGUGUGUGUGACAGAGUGGGAUAAACAUGGCCAUGUUGUAUUGACACAGAACAAGUUAUCUUUUUUUCUUAAAAAAGUGAGAGUAAAGAUAAUUUAAAGUGGUCAUAUGAUCCUUCCUCUUUGAAGUGCUCUUGGUGCAUGAAGAAGAUCUCUAAAGUAACAAAGUCUGAAAUCCAAAGAGAUAUUCUUUAUCAAAGUUAAGACUUGUCCGCGCCCUCCUAUAACGGCUCUUUCUAACACGCCCCCACAUCUCUACAUCACAAUGUGGGAAGAUUCACACAGUAUUCGGCCAAUCACAAUGCACUGGAUAGCUGGCCAAUCACAGCACACCUCGCUUUUUCAGACUGAUAAGCUUUGUAUAAAUCGACAUGUUUCAGAAGACGGGGCAUAGAGCAGAAACAAUAAUAUACAAUAUGUGGAAAAUUAUUUGUUUUUUGAACCUUAAACCACAUAAACAUUUCAUUACACCAAAUACACAAAAUAAUGUUCUUUUUAGGAGCAUCAUAUGACCCUUUUAAAAUGAAGCUUCUAUUGAUUGAUUGAUCACGGAUUCUGAAAAGACACCAUUUUUAACACUGAUAAUAAUCAGAAAUGUUUCUUGAGCAGCAAAUCGGCAUAUUAGAAUGAUUUCUGAAGAUCAUGUGACACUGAAGACUGGAGGAAUGAUGCUGAAAAUACAGCUUUGAUCAUUGGAAUAAAUUAUAUUGUAAUACAUAUUCAAAUAGAAUUCAGUUGUUUUAAAUUGUGAUUAUGCAAUAUUACAGUUUUACUGUA